GGUGGGGGUGCGGUGGGGGGGGGGGGGGGGUGAGCAUCAAAUCCAAGCGUUUGUGUGCACGCAUCUUGAUUGCGUUCCUGCCUGCAAGUCAAAGUUGUGGGAUGAAAAUGUGAUAUAACGCAUGCGCAGCUUGGGGAAACAAAAUGAGCCGCUUUAGUUUCUAUUUCGUUUUUUUCGUCUUAUUAAUUAAAAGCCCGAGUUUGCUCCUCUUUUUGUGUUUCACCAUUUUUGUUUACGUCCAUUACAGAACGCGUUAGUACGAUAAUUCUAAAUUGCAAAGCCGGUUCAAGUACAGUAUGUCUUUGCGACAAGGUGUACUGUUCCCCCCCACCACCCAAAAAAAGCGUGUCUGUCAGUCAGGGCCGUCUUGUCGUCGCUGCUCGCGGUUGCGCCGAGCUUGGCGUCAGGCGAGUGCGGGGUGAUGGACAGCGCCGUGUCUGUAGCACACUUCGUCAAAACACGUUGACACCAUAGGCGGCGCUUACGUGGUCUGGAUAAGCACGACUCGUCUGAUAAAAGAGUGCUAUAAAAACGGACACAAGCGCAAAUGUAUGCGCCGGACAGCCCACGGACGAACGGAAGUAAGCACCCCAACAAAGCAGUUCAUCCCAAUGGGUCUCUCACUAUCAACAUGGCUGCAUCGCAGGACACAGAAACAUUCAUCUUCCUACUCUUCUGUUUUCUGUUCUCUGGCUGUCCCAACAUCAUCUCGCCUCAAGGUCAUUUUGAAGUCCUCUCCAGUUCCUCCCGGAGACAGUCGCUCACGCUGGAGCUCGGUCCACUGCUCUCCUCACUUUCUACUGUCUGCCAGUAAGGAUGAAGUGACACGUUUACCCGUAGAGUUGAGCAGCGACGGGGUGAGGGCGGAAAAGUGGGUGAAGGACGGGCUUCACGUGUGGGAGGUGAGGUGGAAGCCCAAGCACAGAGGAAGCCAUGCGGUCUUAGGCGUCUCCAGGCAGAACUGCCCUCUGCAGGCCUCAGGUUACAACGUUUUGGUGGGGGCAGAUUCCCAGUCGUGGGGCUGGGAACUCCAAAGCAAUCAGCUCUGGCAUGACAGACAAAGUAGGGGAACAUACCCAGAAAAGAGAAGAAUUUGUUGCACCAAAGCUGCAGAGAAUUUUUCGUCACAGUUUUCUCAAUGUAGCCCAUCAACUCUGGAGGUGCCAGACGCACCUUUUCCCAUUCCUGAACGCAUCGUCAUGGUCUUGGAUGCAGACGCAGGGACUCUUGGAUUUGUCGUGGACAACCACUUCCUUGGUGUUGCGUUCAAAAACCUCCCCCGCGGUGUGGAGCUAUUCCCAGCCGUGAGCAGUGUGCGAGGAGGAGCCUGCAUACGACUCCGAUAUCUCAACGGCGCCACUCGCAAUCCCCCAGCCCUGAUGGCUUUGUGUGGACUCCUCAUUCACCAUCAUUUAGGGCUACAGAGGCAAAAUCAAGUGGACAAGCUUCCUCUUCCACCUGCUCUCCAAUGCUACCUUCUUUCCAGUCAUUAGUUUUUAGUGCAAUACGUUAACAUUUCAUCUUUUCGAAAUGUUGAAUUUCAAAGACUUAUUUAGGUAUCAUUUUUACAGUAAUGUACAGGUAUGUUUGUGUUGUGUUUAUUAUUUUACUUUAUGUUAACUCUUUUGUUAAGCACUUUGUUACAGCUUCAGCUGUUGUGAAAGCGCUAUAUAAAUCAGGAUGUAUUGUAUUGUAAUACAUAUUCUGUGUGCAAUACAUUUUGGUUGAAUGAUUACUCUAAUACAGUUUUUAUUUUAGCUCAAUUUAAGUGCAGUGUCAAGUUCAAAUUCUGCAUAGCAGAACAGCGGUUAACAUUACAUCAAUACUUCUUCGGAAUAAAGCCUCUGCUUCAUUUUUGAUUAUCAUGAACAACUACAGAUUGCCUCACUAUUGCUGUUUAUUUUAAUAGUGGUCAUUUUGGCUAUGAAUUUCUUCAGCUGCUCCGUGGUGUAAAACGUUUGAGAUCUACUAAGAAAUUAAUCCCUUUGAUAAAAACAUUUUUUGAAUGGACAUAUAACAUUAGAUACAGUAUUUGUUACAAUUGAACCCUUAUAUUGACUGUAGAUUUACAUUGGUGCUGUUGUGUGUCCAAUGGUUAAAAAAUGCCUUUCAAAAUAAAUGGCCCAUUAACAUUG